AUGGACACAGAUAAUACACCACCAUUUAUAGUUAAUCUUCCACCACCAGAUCGAUUUGAACCUACAACAGUUGUUGCAAAACUUGAACCAAAUCAACGACAAAUCAAUUUACUUGUUAUUGUUUUACGUAUACAAGCUAAUCCUCAAAAAACACGUGAAGGUCAUGAAAUACAUUCAUUUAAAGUUGCUGAUCGAACUGGUUCAGUAACACUUAAUGUUUGGAAUACAACAGGAAAAUUAAUAUCACCAGGAGAUAUACUUCGUUUACAAAAUUGUAUAACACAAGUUUUUAAAAAUGAAUUAUGUGUUAAACCAGGAAGAAAUGGAAUAGUAACAAAAGUUGGAGAAUUUAUCAUGGAUUUUAAAGAAGAACCUGAUAUGAGUAUUUUUACACCAUCAAUGGAAUCAAUUAGUAAUACAAAUAAACGACCAACACAAUUAAUGUCUUAA